UUUUAAUAGGAAAGCAACUGUUUUAAUAAUAGUAUUGAGUCCUUGGGUGGUUUAGGAGAUUAACUAGUCCAUGUUUGCACAGCUCUUUGAAGAGGUCAAGAGUGCUGCAGUAGCCAGGAGCAACUUCAGUGGCAGGUUCCCAGCUCCCAGGUGCCACCUCCCUCACUAUCCAAGCAUGCCACAAAGUGCCCCCGUUGAGGAAGGCUUUUCUUUUCAGAGCAGCUGUGCACCGCUGGGACCAGCAGUUUGGAGAGGUGCUCUGGGAAAAUCCCAUUCGUUGCACACCCGAGGAAUCGUUGAACUGGCAGGAGCUAUAUCAUGUGGCACAGGGCGGUCCCCCUUGGCGUAUAUUGGCUAUGGAUGCUACUGUGGACUGGGAGGACAAGGCUGGCCUAAAGAUAAAACUGACUGGUGCUGCCACAGGCACGACUGCUGCUAUGACAAGGCAGAGAAGGAAGGCUGCAGCCCCAAGUCGCAGCGGUACCAGUGGGUGUGUGAGCAGAACACUGUAAAGUGUGAUAACCUGACAGACCGGUGUGAAAAAAUGGUGUGCCUGUGUGAUCAAGAAGCAGCCAAGUGUUGGGGAGCAGCACCAUACAACCCAUACUUGAUCCUCUGGCCAGACUUUUUAUGUGGACAGACUCAUCCCACCUGCCAUUUCAGAUACAGGGGGCCAGAAUAGUCUUUUUGGGACCUUUCUUCUAACCCUUUGAAUCUGAAGGUGCUGGAAUAAAAUUUUACCUAUUUUACUGGA